CUCACAUUGCAUGUAAGUUUAAACCCCACCCGCCUACAUCUAGACGUAAACAUACUCGGUUUUCAGUGGUUUGCAUCAGAUGAAGAAAAUAAUCUUAAGUUCCAUCAAACAUCUGCAUUCACAUCCGGACGUACACACACUCACAACAGUCGGUUGUUCUUGGUCUUUUGGCGAGGAUGGGUUAUCCACUGGUGAUUCUGUUGUGUGUGGGACUGCUACACCAGACCACGAGGGCUGUCCUCAUGGAUAAACUGGCAGACCAGAAGAUUUGCGGAGAUGCAGAGUGCUCAUAUGUUCUCUCCAUGGCCACAGUCUUGGAUGACUUCAUAUCUCCUGACUGCCGAUUCCUCAACCUCAGAAAGGGUCAGGUGGUUUAUGUGUACUCCAAACUCAUUGCAGCAGAGGGCGCUGGAGUCUUCUGGUCUGGAAGCAUUUACAGUGAGCGGUACGUGGACCAGAUGGGCGUCAUUGGAUACUUCCCUGCAACUGUGGUGAAGGAGACACAGAGGUUUACAGAAAACACAGUUAAGAUCCAAACAACUGACAUGGACUUCUACUGCGAUUAAGGGACUGAAACCUCUUCCUUUUCAACUCUUUCUGUUAGUAACUCUGGCAUUUAUAAAGGACAAAGCAUGCAGACAUUUAGUCAAUGAGUCUUUUUGUCUAUAUCAUUCCAACAUUUUGAUUAUAUAAAUAUAUAAAAGUUAAAGAAAUUAGUUUUCCAGACACCUUUUUUAUGAUUUUUCUUGACUAGUAAUUGCAAUCAUAUUGUACUUGUCUUUGUUACACAUCUGAAAACUGGCUUGGAGCUGCUUAUGCUGAGAAAUAGCUGCUGUGAAAAUGAUUAAAUUCGUUUUCUAAAGCUUAUAGUCUUUUUUUUUAUUGGAGUCAAGGUUUCUUGGUAGUGUUAUCAGAGACAUCUUAUAAAAUCCUGACUUUUCAUUCAUUCUACUAUGUUCUUGUCCACUAUGUUCUCAAAAGAAAUGUCAUCUAAUAGAAUUAAUUGUAAAAAAAAAAAAAUGUAUCAUGACUGGUGUGAAGAGCUCAGGGCAGAAGGCCUAAAUUCAGAUUCUAUUUUAUAUUUUUGUUCAUCCUAUAGAGAAAAAAUGUAAGUAUCCAAAGAUGAUAUAUGUGACAAAAAUACAUAAAA